UUUGGAGAAUUUAUAAAGAAGUGUAGUAGUUUGGAUGUAGUUAUUUGUAGUAUUUCUUUUGAAUAUAAGGAUAUUAAAUUUCUAGCUAUUAUCGCUUCUUCAAAGUCUUGUAGGUUGAUAUGA